AUGGUUAUUUACACGUUUGAGCAUAAUCUUUCAAAUAAUGAACGUGGCGUAAUUCACCAGAUGUGCCGGAAAAUGGGUAUUCAAUCCAAAAGCUCUGGGCGUGGGGAUCAAAGGCGUCUUUCGAUAUUCAAAGGCAGGCAUAAAAAUGGAAAGAACAAAGAAUCUAAGGAGAGAUCAAAUAGAGAGAAGCUCAAAUGCGUGUCGUUUCCGCCAGAGGCUGAAGCUAUUCUGGAGGAGUUGUUUACUCACUACCCACCUUGUGACGGAGAUACAGCUGCAACAUCAUUCAACAAGUACUCAGGGAAAUCCGGUAAACAAGGGCAAUGGAGAGAUGACUUUUUCCGGAAACCACAGAUUAGCGGUGACGAGAUACUUGAAAAGGUGGCAUCUUUGAGUUCUAAGCUUAGGAAAGAUAAAGCUCUUCUGGAGAUCUCUAAGCUGCGGUCAAAGCUUCCCAUCACAUCAUUUAGAGACGCAAUUACAUCUGCAGUAGAAUCCAAUCAGAAUUGCUUCCCACUGGUUAUACUCAUUUCUGGUGAAACUGGAUGCGGGAAAACUACUCAGACCAUAUGUGGUCAAGCAAAAGAGAAAGUUGCAAAAUUGUUUGCACUCAACCACGUCGUAUCUCCGCUAUGUCAGCUACAUGAUAUCGCUAAUCUUUUGAAAUUGCGAGUUUACUUCACAUGUAUGCUGUGUACUGCAAACCCCUGGCUUAAUUUUCUGAAAGAAUAUCGUGUGAAAGAGGUGAAAGCAUUGGAGAAAACAUUGGUUACAAGUAUCUUAGAGAAGUGCCCCGUUGACUCUAUGUUGCAAUUUCAGGUUCGACUUCAAAGCAAAGGUGGAAGGCAGUCAUCAGUUGUUUUCUGCACGAAUGGCAUUCUCCUGAGAGUGCUUGUAGGCAAAGGCUCUGUUAGCUACGUUUCCGACAUAACUCACAUCAUUGUGGGACUUGCUGCCAUCAAAUCCGCAUCUCCGUCUGUAACGUUCUUAGAAGUUUCAAAGAAAAUUCUAAUGAGUGCUACGCUUGAUGCUGAGAGGUUUUCUGGAUAUUUUGGAGGUUGCCCGAUUGUCCGUGUCCCUGGAUUCACUUAUCCAGUGAGAACUUUAUAUUUGGAGGAUGUGCUCUCUAUUUUGAAAUCUGGUGGAAAUAAUCAUCUAAGCUCUGCCAACUUGAGUAUACCAGACAAGAAGCUUGAUUUGACGGAUGAAGAUAAACUUGCUUUAGAUGAAGCAAUCAUCUUGGCUUGGACAAAUGAUGAGUUCGAUACCCUCUUAGAUCUAGUUUCUUCUCGAGGAAGUCCGGAGAUCUACAAUUAUCAGCACCAAUCAACCUUGCUAACACCACUAAUGGUCUUUGCUGGAAAGGGCAGGAUCAGCGAUGUCUGCAUGCUACUCUCAUUUGGCGCAGACUGGAACUUAAAGUCUAAAGAUGGUAUGACAGCAUUAGAAUUGGCCGAAACAGAGAAUCAACUAGAAGCUGCUCAAAUCAUCAGGGAGCAUGCAGAAAGCUCUCAGUCUAAUUCUCAUCAAGCACAACAGUUGCUUGAUAAGUACAUGGCGACAAUCAACCCAGAGCAGGUCGAUGUGAGUCUUAUACAGCAGCUAAUGAGGAAAAUAUGUGGUGAUUCAGAAGAUGGCGCCAUUCUUGUUUUUCUACCUGGAUGGGAUGAUAUAAAUAAAACCAGACAGAAACUACUCGAUAAUCCUUUUUUCGCAGAUAAAGCUAAAUUCGACAUUAUAUGUCUUCACUCGAUGGUUCCAGCAGGGGAACAGAAGAAGGUUUUUACUCGUCCCCCUCGAGGUUGUCGCAAGAUUGUACUUGCUACAAAUAUCGCUGAAUCAGCGGUUACCAUUGAUGAUGUGGUUUAUGUGAUAGAUAGUGGCCGGAUGAAGGAAAAGAGCUAUGAUCCUUACAAUAAUGUUUCAACGCUCCAAUCUUCUUGGGUAUCUAAAGCAAAUGCAAAACAGCGUGAAGGUCGAGCAGGCCGUUGCCAGCCUGGGAUUUGUUAUCAUCUCUAUUCCAGACUUAGGGCAGCCUCUAUGCCAGAUUUUAAAGUUCCUGAAAUCAAGAGGAUGCCUGUAGAAGAACUCUGCUUACAGGUUAAGAUACUCGAUCCAAACUGUAAAACAAAUGAUUUCCUUCAGAAAUUGUUGGACCCGCCUGUUGAUCAAAGCAUUGCAAACGCCUUGAGCAUCCUACAGGACAUUGGGGCUCUGACACCUGAGGAAGAGCUGACAGAACUUGGAGAGAAAUUUGGUCAUCUCCCAGUUCAUCCUCUGAUAAGCAAAAUGCUUUUCUUCGCUGUAUUAGUAAACUGUCUGGAUCCUGCACUUACUCUGGCAUGUGCAGCCGACUACAAAGAACCUUUUACAAUGCCUAUGUCGCCAGUUGAAAGACAGAAAGCCGCUGCUGCAAAACUUGAACUCGCGUCGCUCUGUGGAGGUGACAGUGAUCACUUAGCGGUUGUUGCUGCCUUUGAGUGCUGGAAAAACGCAAAAGAAAGAGGUCUUUCGGCAGAGUUCUGCUCUCAGUACUUUGUCUCCCCGAGCGCUAUGAAGAUGUUGGAUCAAAUGCGUAGCCAACUUGAGUCGGAGCUUAAAAGACACGGGAUUAUUCCUGGUGACAUCUCAAGCUGUAGCCAGAAUUCGCGUGAUCCUGGUAUACUCCGUGCUGUCCUAGCAGUAGGAUUGUAUCCUAUGGUCGGGAAAUUGUGCCCAUCUUUUGGUAAUAAUCGGAGAUCUUUAGUAGAGACUGCUAGUGGUGCCAAAGUUCGUGUGCAUUCGCUCUCAAACAACUUCAACUUGUCAUCAAGGAAGUAUGAUGAAUCUUUAGUUGUAUUCGAUGAGAUCACACGUGGAGAUGGAGGCAUGCAUAUUAGAAACUGUACUGUUGCUCGUGUCCUUCCUUUGUUACUGGUCUCAACAGAGAUAGCUGUUGCUCCUACAGAGAGCAAUGAUGCUGAUGAAUGUGAUGACGAGGAAGAAGAAGAUGAUGAAGAAACAGAAGAAGAAGAAGGAGAUAAUAGUAAUGAAGAUGGGAUGGAUAUACAUAAAGCAGAGAGUAGGCGUGGACAGAAAGUGAUGUCUUCACCUGAAAAUUCAGUGAAAUUGGUAGUUGAUCGUUGGCUUCCUUUCAAAACCACAGCUCUUGAAGUUGCUCAAAUGUACAUUUUGCGGGAACGACUAACGGCAUCCAUUUUGUUCAAGGUGAGACAUCCACGGGAAAAUUUGCCGCCUCAUCUCGGAGCUUCUAUGUAUGCAAUAACAUGUAUACUCUCAUAUGAUGGUCACGCGGGACUUUCAUCUUCACCGGAGUCUAUGGGGACGAAACCUUCGAGGUAUGAAACCGGAGGAUGGGAAGAGAAACCAAAUUCUUUCCUCAACUCGCUCUUUUGGUCUCUGAGUCUGAAAGAGAACAAGCCUUCUUCUAGCCAGGCGAAUAGGAAUCGCCACCAUGAAUUCAACACGUCUCCAACAGAAGCUGCACCAAUGCCUAAGCAGCAGAACAAUAAGCAGAGAAAGCCCAAACCAGCCAACAAUGCUGAUUCGGGUAAGAGGAAAGAGAAAAUGUUUGUAUAUGGGAAUCAGCAACCAAACACAGCUCCAAGAGUAGCAGCUGCUGCAUCAAUGGCUAAUAAGCAUCAUCAAAGCAGUAAGAAAAGCAAGACUAGAUCAGCCAACAACUCGGAUUCCGGCAACGCGAAGACAAAGCAGAACAGAAGUGAAAUGCAUGAAGAGCUCAGGUUUUGGUUUGGGUCCCACGGAGGCAAAGAAAUUGAUGUUGAAACAAGAAAGAGAGAAAGAGAAUGUCCUACAGCGCGUGCUUCUUGCACCACAGUGCACUCACCUCCUCCGCCACACGAUCACCUUCCUCCUCCUCGUCGAAUCGCCACGUGUCGUUCUCCAGACCCAGCUCAACAAGAGUCUCAGGAAGGCGAUAACUCCGCCGUAUCCCGCCGUCUUGCACUCACUUUCCUCGUCGGUGCUGCCGCCGUCGGAUCCAAAGUCUCUCCUGCUGAUGCUGCUUAUGGUGAAGCCGACAAAAAAUCCAUCACUGAUUACGGUUCUCCCGAACAGUUCCUUUCUCAGGUCAAUUAUCUCCUUGGAAAGCAAGCUUACUUCGUAGAAACCGCCUCUGAGGGAGGGUUUGAUGCAAAUGCAGUAGCGACUGCAAACAUUCUGGAGACAUCUACACAAGAGAUUGGUGGGAAAAAGUACUAUUACUUGUCGGUUUUGACAAGAACAGCUGAUGGAGACGAAGGUGGGAAGCAUCAGUUGAUCACAGCCACUGUGAAUGGUGGAAAGCUUUACAUCUGCAAAGCACAAGCAGGAAACAAAAGGUGGUUCAAAGGAGCUAGAAAAUUCGUCGAGAAUGCUGCUACUUCCUUCAGUGUUGCUUAA